AUGAGCCGCAUAACGCUCCCUGCAUCGUCGAGGACAAUCAAAGACGACCGAGAUUAUGGCCUCCCGCCUCGUCAACGCCGACUCGAGGCGGGCCAGUCGGUCUUUAUUAACGGGGGCAGCACCGCUGUCGGUUCAUUUGCGAUCCAGCUCGCGAAGGCCAAGGGCGCACAUGUCGCGGUCAGUGCGUCGGGGAAGAACGAGGAGUAUGUGAGGAAUUUGGGCGCGGACGAGUUCUUCGACUACACGAAGGCGCCGCUGCACGAGCAGCUCAUCGCGGCCAACCCGAACCCAAAGUAUCACGCCUUCUUCGAGGCGGUGGGCACGGCCGACCCCGCACUCUUCGUGGAGAGCGACAGAUACCUCAAGUUCCUCUGGAAGGUGCUCCUGCAGCCGUCUUGGUUGGGCGGAACGAAGCGGACAUGGAAGCUUAUUUUCGUCGUUCCGACGAAGAAGGAUUUGGAGGCCUUCGCUAAGCUGGUUGAGGAGGGCAAAGUGAAGCCGUUGAUCGAUUCGGUCUUCUCGUUCGAGGACACGCUCAAAGCAUACGAACGGAUCAAGACUGGCAGGGCGACUGGAAAGGUGGUUGUGAAGGUGGACCCUACGGCGGAGUGA